AUGGCGCUGCUGAUGGAGCCCGGCGCUGAGCCCCUGACUGAGAGCGAGCAGGCCGACCUGGCCGGCAUUGCCGCCAUCAAGGAGUCGGCGGCGCGCGAAUUCAAGGAGCAGGGGAACCAGUUCGUCCGGAUGGGCCGGAAGCACUACGCCGAGGCGGUCUCCUGCUACACGAAGGCCAUCGCCCAGAUGGAGCCCCUCUCCUCCCUCGACGCAUCUGCCGCCGCUGACGCCUCCGUUCUCUUCGCCAACCGAGCACACGUCAACCUCCUUCUCGGCAACCACCGACGGGCCCUCGACGACGCCGAGCAGGCCAUCCGCCUCUCUCCCUCCAGCGUCAAGGCGUACUACCGGGCAGUGAAGGCGGCGCUUGCGCUCGACUUGUUGACGGACGCGGCAUCCUUCUGCCGGAAGGGGCUCAAACAGGACCCCGCUAAUGAGGAAUUCAAGAAACUGUUGUCGGAAGUGGACGCAAAACUGAGAGAGCAAGACCGUCAGAGAGCCAAGGUUGCAAAAGCAAUCGCCAAAGCCAAGGAUCUUGCUGCUGCUAUGGAGAAGAGAGGGGUGAAGCUUGGGAAGGCAGCCUAUCAAGAACUGACAGGGAUAAAGAAGCCAAAGCUGGAUGAGCAGGGCGUGCUCCACUGGCCUGUUCUUCUGCUCUACCCAGAGGUCAUGUCGAAAAGUUCACCAUUGCCAUGGGAUGAGAACCAUGCUUACACAAGGGACUCAGUCGAAUUGUAUUAUCAGGGUGGUUUUGGCAAACCUUUGUCCAAAAGUGAAGUAUUAAGAUAUCUUCUAGAAGGCACUGUAGAUUUGAAGGCACUUCCAGAUAGCCUGCUUGACGGGGAAGAUGAAGAACAUGACAGUAGCAAAUGUAGCACUGUUACAUCAUCAACUGAUGGCUCCAGUAAGUGGAUCAAAGUAAAAGAAGGAAGAACACUUCAAGAGGUGCUGCAGGAUAAAGGCUAUAUCGUUCCUGCAAUUCCUGAAAGUCGGCCUUCUAUAAAGAUUUCAAGGCUGGAAGUUGGUCUUUGCCAUGAAACAAAACCGGACACUAAGGUUCAGCUUAAAUUGAUCUCCGAGAUGGCAGCAGAUAUGGCAAGAAAGCGGAAGAUGCUCGCUUAA